CACGCCCCUCCCCUCUGUCUCGCGCUUCGCCUGCGCAGGCGCAAGCCCGCAAGAUGGCGGCGGCUGGAGCUGGCCGUCUGAGGCGGGCAGCGUCCGCUCUGCUGCUCCGGAGCCCGCGCCUGCCCGCCCGGGAGCUGUCGGCUCCGGCCCGGCUCUAUCACAAGAAGGUUGUUGAUCAUUAUGAAAAUCCUCGGAACGUGGGAUCUCUUGACAAGACAUCAAAAAAUGUUGGAACUGGAUUGGUGGGAGCUCCAGCGUGCGGUGAUGUGAUGAAGUUACAGAUUCAAGUAGAUGAACAGGGGAAGAUUGUGGAUGCCAGGUUUAAGACGUUUGGCUGUGGUUCUGCAAUUGCCUCCAGCUCCCUAGCCACCGAAUGGGUCAAAGGGAAGACGGUGGAGGAGGCCCUGACCAUCAAGAACACUGACAUCGCCAAGGAGCUCUGCCUUCCCCCUGUGAAGCUGCACUGCUCCAUGCUGGCUGAGGAUGCGAUCAAGGCCGCCCUGGCUGAUUACAGACUGAAACAAGAACCCAAGAAAGGAGAGGCGGAGAAGAAAUGAGCCCCAGCGAAGCGUCCGGCCGCCGCUCACGCCGUUUGCCCGCCCGCCACGCAGUCACCGUAGGUGUUCUCAGAGCCCCUCACUACAGUAAAAGAGCUCGGACACACGCGCGGCACUCGCGGGUCCCGUCGUGGCUCUAGUGCAGGCGGAACACGCAGUUCGCUCGUCCCAGGCCCCGCGCUUGCUCUCAGCCACUUUUAUAGCCUUAAGCCCAUUCGUGCAUAUUUUGAGUUGUGUGCAUGGCCUCAGAACCGAAAUCAGAAACGCAGUCUCCGUGUGGCAGCCUGCCAAGUGCACUGACCCCCAGUCUCACCCGAACCUGCCCGAGGAAGAUUACCAGCAGAAGGCCUUGUUGUGAUUACUCGAUAGAGCCAAUUACUGUACAUAAAACAGAUUUGCACAUAUAUAUAUAUAUAUAUAUAAAAUAAACAUAAGACCAUGUUUUUCUCUGGGAAA